AUUUGCUGACACCUUCUCUCCAAGCUUUUGUAAUUCAACAACUUCCCAGCAGCUGUGGGACGCAGUUCUCCAAUUCUUGCAGGUUUUUUUUUUCUUUAUGGGCCACUUAAUAACAUAUACAUUGCUGUUUUUGUUUGGUAUCUGAGUUGCAUGCAAUAUAUCAGUCAUCUUUGGUAGAUGAAAUACUGGCGUUACCUUUGGAAUUUAUCACUAUACACAUUUCUUACCGCUUCAAAAAGGAGAGUUUUCUCCGAAACGCGACUUGGAACGACAUGGAUAACGUUUCUUGAAUGCACUUUUUGGAUUCCCUACUCAGCCUCCAGAGGAAAAAGCUUUUUGUGGUGGUGCUCUAACAACUCUAUCGGGACCGGAAUGCUUUUUUGCUUAAAAGCUUCGGCCCACCGCAAAUCCUAUAGAGGAUUCUGAAGACAUAUGCUCUAUCUUUCUUCUGAAAUUAUGGACCUAAUAAACAUUUCUGAAUUUGACCCAUCUUUUAAACCCACAAUGCCGUCUUAUUAUAUGCGGGAUGUGUUAGACCAAACAAUCAGUACGAUGGCCGAAACCCACAGAAAGAUACGUGAGCAGCUGCCCAAAGGACCCAACUACUCCAUGAGAAGUGAAGCAAAGAGGUUGAGGAAUCUCUUGGAUCUCAAAAACUUGUCAUCCUGGUCUCCACAAGAGAUGGCGUUUGCUGGAUUCUUCAGGACAGGCGUGGACAUCAGCUGCCAGUGCUUCUGCUGUGGGCUGGUACUGUGCAAGCAAUCUUUAUAUGCUUCCCCUAUAGACAACCAUAGAAAAUUCAACCCUUUUUGUGGAUUUAUUCGGGGAGAUGAUGUGGGGAAUAUAUCAAAGUAUGAGGUUCGCCUGCAGCCUGUGCAGGUUAGUCUGAGGGAUCACAAUGAAUUAAUGAAGAAUGAACAGACCAGACUACAAUCAUUUACCUGCUGGCCUGUGUAUGCUUUAGUAGAGCCGUAUGUCCUUGCACAAGCUGGAUUUUUCUUCACAGGGACAAGAGACACCGUCCAAUGCUUCUCCUGUGCUGGAUGUCUGGGGAACUGGGAGGAAAAUGACGACCCAUGGAGAGAACACGCAAAGUGGUUUCCUGAGUGGUGCGAAUUUCUCAGAAUCAAAAAAUCAAAGGAUGACAUACAGCAGUAUAUUAAGAAUUACUCAAGAUUUGAAGGAAUAACGAGUGCAUCAUUCACGAGUAUUCCGGCCAGUCAAGAAGUACCAGUUCCAGGCAUGACCAGCUUGAACAUCUUUGAGGAUGAGAACGUCCGUUUAGAGUCAUUUAAAAGAUGGCCUCCGGAUGCCAAUGUGCAACCUGAUGGACUUGCCAGAGCAGGACUUUUCUACACAGACCAUUCAUCCAAUUUGUUUCUCUGCAGCUUGCUAAAGAAAGAAAAGAAGUUAUUCAUGAUGAAGACAUUGGUGGAUGUUCCUGAGCUCUUAGAAACUAUCAGGCUCAUUCUUCAAACUGAUGAUGAUCCAGAGCCUGCUACUACCUCUAAUAAACCGGAUAGGUUCAGACGUCAGAAGGUUACUAAAUUGGUUUUACCUCAUUCUGACCACUUGGUUGACAUACGUCAGGAAUCCUGGGAGAACCCAGAAAAUAAAUUCACCCCUCACAAGAAGAUGCUAGCCCCUGGCAGCAGAGUUGAAUACUGCGACGAAAGCAAAGGCUACAGACUGUGGGAUGUUACAAGUAAAUAUCUACUUAAAUCCAGAGAUGUGGUACUCUACGAGACAGCACCACUAACUGGAGCAGUGAAGCAACAAGAAAAUGUAUCAUUGGAUGUACAGGCAGCAGAAAGCGAGUCUGAAUCUGAAAGUGGCAAAACAGACAAGUCAGGGAACGGAAGUUCCAUGAGGAGCAACAAAGGUGUUCUAGCAAAGAAAUACAACUUUGAUUCUGCAUUCCUGAAUGGAGAGUUAGUUGAGGAAAUUUAUAUGGAACCGCCUGAACACUAUGAUAUAGAUAUAUUCCAAACUAGGAAGGUUUGUCUCUUAAAGAAGUCACUAUACGGCCUCAAGCAAAGUGGUCAUUGCUGGUAUGUAAAGUUGGAUGCAGCAUUACUAGAAAUUAACUUUGUUAGGUCAGAAACUGAUCACUGCCUACACCACAAAACUAUCAAAGAAAAGUUGUUCAUCAUAGCUGUCUAUGUGGAUGAUUUACUUUUGGGAGGUCAAGAAGAUCACAUAACUGACGUCAAGCACCAACUUAAACAAAGAUUCAAGUUGAAAGAUCUAGACCCUGUAAAUCAUCAAUUAGGUUUGAAUGUCCAUAACGAAGAUUGGUCUGAUAAAGCAACUGAAUUAAGGAGAUGUCUGAUGGAUCUGUACAAUGAUUCUAACUUCAAGAAAUUAGCACCCUUUCUGGACUCCUCCCAUGUUUCUGUAGAUCUCAGCUCACUGUUUGCAGAUAUCUCUGUUGCAUUGAAGGACACCAGAAAUCAUAUAGUGCGGCAGCUCACAUUGCCAGACAUCCUGUCAGAGCUGAGGGACAUCACUAUGAUAGAAGGAGAAGCUGGCAGUGGGAAAACAGCUCUGCUCAGGAAGAUUGCCAUUCUCUGGGCCUCAGGGAGGUGUCCUGUUCUGAGCAGGUUCAGCAUUGUGUUUUAUAUAUCUCUAUCCUACACUGAGAGCCAACAUUCUCUGAGUGACAUCAUCUGCCAGCAGCUGAUGGGAUCCACAACAUCUCUUACUGAAGAGACCCUGGGGGACAUCAUUAAGCAAUUAAAGAAUCAGGUCCUGUUUCUCCUGGAUGAUUAUGGUUUGAUGGACUCCACUCCAGGAUCCAUAGAAGAACUUUUACUGAAGAACCCCUGGAACAGAUUGAGUCUGGCAGUCACAGUGAGAACAGACAAGGGGAGGAAGCUGCGUCAGCAUGCGAGGAACAUACUGAGCAUCCAGGCCUUUCCCCUCUAUAGCUCAAUAUAUAUUUUUAGGCAACUCUUGUCACAUAAUGUGUCAUUCAUUGAGCGCUUUUUUGUGGAUUUGUCUGUUUCAAACACAUUUCAGGCUGCUUUAAAGACCCCUCUUUUUACCUUCUCUCUCUGUGUUUUUUGGGUGCAAGACCCAAAUGAAGAAAUAGCAGGGGAAACAGCUAUAUGCAAGUCCUAUCUGAAGCACAGCAUGCUAAAACAUACCACUGAGACAGAGAGAAUCAAAUCUGUGCUCACGACAUGUGGAGAACUUGCCCUGCGAGGCAUCUUCCAAUCACACUUUGCAUUUACUCAAAAGGACCUUGAUGAAUCGGGCGUGAAUACCACUGAUGCUCUCCAAUGUGGAAUGUUGAGUAUGUUCACAUCACAGAGACUCCACCCCAUUUUCAAGUUCUUUCAUCAAUCAUUCCAGGAGUUUCUGGCUGGGAGUAGGAUGCAUGAACUUCUGCAAUCUGGAGAUGGAGCAGAGAACGAAAGAGGUUUGUCAUACCUGCAGAAAAUGAAUACCUUAUUAAAAGUUUUUGGGCGCUACAACUGUUUCUUGAAGAACUCAUGCAUGCAUUCUCCUGAAACGACUAAGAUGAUCAUUUCACACCUGUUCAGUUUAUUGGAUUCUAGUGAGGCAUUUGAUUGUCAGAGAGAAACAGAGCUUUACCUGGAACACCACCCUGAACUAGAGAGCUUAGAGGAAGUGCUGACUUUAAUGAUUACAGACAAUUCAGGCUUCCAUUAUGUAUAUGUGGUCAAUGUAUUACUGAAGUUUGCUAUUAACAUAGCCAAUGAGAGUAAAUAUAUGACUUCCUGUGCUCCUAUCAUUUUGCAGUUUCUGAAAGGAAAAAACGUUUCGUUAAGUUUGCAAUGGCCACAAAUUUGGUUGCUAAAAUUUCUGCACAGCUAUCCAGAAGGACUGCUGUUAAUACAGAGCCUGGAGAUAGUUGUACCUCACAUUCAACAGGAUUCAAGUCUUGACGUUUGGAACACAGAGAGCUUUCCAGCUGUUUCGAAUGUACCUACAGUUGACAUAGACUAUUCCAAUGCCUUUCAGCUUAUUUCAGAUACUCUAGGAAAGAUACCAAAGUUCAAGGAUGCAAAUAUGAAAAUUACUGAUCUGUCCAUGUUUUUCAACCAAUAUAUGCAUAGAAUUUCUGUGCUAAGAAUUAAAUGCCGUGGUCGUCCUGUAGAGAAUGAAAACAUCCUACUUAAUGUUAUGGCUUUCUGCAGUCUCUCCAUUCACAUUGAACUGGACCUGAUGAAUUGCCCAGGAUUUCUAAACAGUAUCUCGAAGUGUUUUGAUCAAUACAAAGAGUCCAUUGUGAAGUUCAGUAUGUACUCUGCGGAGCUGACCAGAGAGGAACAAGAACUGAUUACACAUCUGACUUCACUGCAAAGUCUGCAAAUAACAGUCAAGCCACUACCAGAGUUGUUGCUUUUAAACAUACACCAUCUGAAAGAGUUGAAGGAAAUUGUGCUGUACUGCUCAGAUGGUGAAUGGGAUUUAAUUGAGAAUUUCCCUGAUGAAUUUAAAAGCCUGAACAGAAUUGAAAGAUUAGUGUUUACAAAUGUUAAUAUGAAAGGACAGACCUCCCGAUUAGCAGAGUUUAUCGAACAGUUCUCCAAUCUGAUCUCCUUCACGCUGAAAUGUAGAUGGUUCCCUGAGUUUGAGAAGCUUAUUACUUCCUUAUGCCGCAAUGGAAAAAUGCAGGAAAUCUGUUUUCCCGAAUUUGCAUUAUGUGACAAGGAGAUAAUCCUUCUGGCUCUGGCAUUACCAUCUCUUAAAAAUCUUAGAGUUUUGGAAUUUAGUUUUGACUAUUCUGCGAAAGUUGAAUCAAUGCAAAUAUUUGUGGAAGCUCUACCGUCUCUCAAGCUCCUUGAAGAAAUUUGUCUCCCAGGUGGAGAUGCAGUGAGGGAAACAGUGACAUGUUUUAUACAGCAAUUCCAGUAUAUGCCCAACCUCAGGAAACUCAUCAUCAACUAUAGAUUACUGAGUGACAGCAGCGUGCUGGUAUUAGCAAAAGUGUGCGCAGAUGGCCACUUACGAAAUCUACAGAAUUUAAAUCUUGACAAUAAUCUCAACAUCACACAGACUGGAUGGAGAGACUUCUUCCAAGUUGUAGAUAAUCUGCCAAAAUUGAAAGAACUCAUUAUUUCAAGAGUGUAUUCUCAUCAAUUUAAAACAGACCCUGUAACUCUGAUUGCCUUAGUCCAAUGCGUGUCCAGGCUUCAUAGCUUGAAUAAGCUAGUCAUGUUUGGAUGGCUCCUGGAUGACAAAGAUAUUGAGGUGUUUAAUGCAAUGAAAUUGAAACAUCCGCAGGCAAAGAGCCUAAGGCUUAUGUGGCAAUGGAUACUGCCAUUCCCCCCGAUUGUCACGGAAUAAACAAUCGUUUUCCUCUGAUAUAUGUAUCAUAGGGCCUGAUUUAUGUUUGCAAGUAAAGCAAAAAAGCAAGCAACUGGGCAAAACCAUGCUGCACUGCAGGUGGGGCAGAUGCAACAUGUGUAGAGAGAUUUAGAUUUGGAUGGAGUGUGUUCAAACUUAAAUUCUAAAUUGCAAUGUAAAAAUAAAGCUGUUUAACAUUUGUGGGCUACAUGCAAAAGCAGCAAAGAUUUACCCUGCACAGAAACAAUAUAAAUGUAUUCACUCCCCUUGUAUGGCAACAUGGUUUGUUCCAGAUACAAAGUUCUGCGCUUUGUUUGCCUUACUUACAAACAUGAAUCAGGCCGUGGUUUCAUACAAUAUAAACAUUGCCUUUUUAUAAGACCUUUGUGUAUUUGUAAACAUCCACCUUGCACUGUUAACCUGAUUGCACACUGGUUUGGGUGAAAGCACAACUAAUAACAAAUGUUUGUGUUGAUAUUUUUUACUUAUAUGAUGAAUUAAUAACAAAAUACACAAGAUUUUAGUGCUCACAUUUAAAAACAAUGUCGACAAUUAUUAUAUAAAAUAUAUAAAUGCCCUCACUUUUUCGCAAAAGCUCCUGCAGAGAGCGAAACACGUUAGAGGAUACCUGGGAUAGCUGCACUUUGAAGUUGGAUCCCACACACAGUGGGGCAGAUGUAUUAAACCUGGAGAAGUGAUAAAGCGGUGAAAGGUGAUAAGGCACCAGCCAAUCAGCUCCUGAAAUUUUUCAAACCCGUAAUGAUUGGGUGAUGCGUUAUCACCUUCCACUUAUCUUUGCUUUAUCUCUACACCGGGCUUAAUAUAUUUGCCCCACAAUCUGCACGACAUGGAAGUCGAGCGGGGCACAAUCCCUGGAAGAUGGAGACGUCUGUCACUUCCUAGCCAGCUCCUUCCCAUCAAGCGGGGUCCAGUGGAGGGGAGACAGAGAUACAUUCGGCUGCGCUGAAAGUAAUUAGCGGCAUUCAAACUCCCACAGCGGAGGACGGGUGAUCAAUUCACGGCUCCCACACUGCCCAACACAGGGUAUAAAUGAUUCACUUGUGGGUCUGACAGUUCAAAUCAAUUUAGGACUGUGUCCUUGUAAUUUUCUGCCUGUAGUGAAUGGAUUUGACUUUUAAAUAUUCCUUUUUCCCACAACCUGGAUAAAGGCUAGAACAGCCAAUGCAGGGUUUUUUUAUAUACUCAAUUUUUAUGCAUUUUUUUUUACAGUUUUUUUUAACGUGCAUUCAUUAUACUAAUGCUGAUCCACCUCCUAGAACAUUUAUAUAGUUAUAUAAUAAUUGUCAACAUUGCUUUGUGAGCACUAACUUCUUGUGUAUUUUGAUAUUAAUUCAUCAUAUAAAUUACUCCUGUGCACAGGUGUCCGGGAAAAUGGUGUGGCUGCAAUUUUAAUGGUGUUUUUUGCAUACACAGUAGGGAAAAUGGCAGGGAAAAUGGCUGUGCCAACAUUUUUUCGGAGACUUGCACACCACCUAGUGCUCAGACUCAUUGGCACUGUCUGCUAGAGAGGAGUGGGCCCGCGUUGGAGACUGCACACGGGCCCGCUCCUCUCUUAAUACGCCCCUGCUCAUAAGGAUUGAUAGGAUAAGUAUUAAUGGGAAUAUAUGCCCAGAUUUAUCAAGCCUUGGAGAGUGAUAAAUUGCACGGUGAUAAAGUACCAACCAACCACCUCCUAACUGCCAUGUUACAGGCUGUGUUUGAAAAAUGAGAGUUAGGAGCUGAUUGCUUGGUACUUUAUCACCGUGCAAUUUAUAACUCUCCAAUGCUUGAUAAAUCUGGGCAAUUAUUUUAGCCAGGAAAGCUACAUGUGAUCCCUGACCCCAUACAAUAAAUAAGUUCUAUAGCUUGUGUCGCCACCACUAAAUAAUACCUUCCACACAAUUUUGGACUAUGCUUAAAGCUAUUUAUCUAACUUUUAGAGGCAUCCGCCACUUACUCCAUAAUUGUCCAAUAUCUAUUCCCCAUUGUCCACCAAUAUCUGACCGUAGACAGAUGUAAACAAAUAAGUAUCACAGGGGGGCACUCAGAUAUAAAAAACAAGACAUAAACUGCCAAUGUAUUAACCAACGCUUUUCAUGCUUUAGUUCCCAGUGGAAAAUGCUAAAAAAGCAAACAGACUCUGUUGGAUGUCUGAUUCAUAUACUGUAUAUCUGUAUUUUUCUUGGUUCUUUGCCUACAUUAGUUUUCUUUUACAGUAAGUGUGUGUGUGUGUGUGUGUGUGUGUGUGUGUGUGUGUGUGUGUGUGUGUGUGUGUGUGUGUGUGUGUGUGUGUGUGUAGUUAUUACCAUUCCUGUUGAUGUGUAGUUUUUGCCUCAUUGUCUAUGUUUGUGAGUACUGUAAACUAAUGACUCACAAUCGCAUAAAGAUGAGGCUGUACUAAAGGUUAUAAUGUUUCAUUAUCUGUACACAAUAUAAUACAAUUUUUUUUUGUCUAGACAAUAAAUCCUGCAGUCGCAUUUUCCAUACAUAAUGCGAUUACUGUAUA